AAGCUCCACUGGACAGGUACGAUGGGCGGAAUCCAGAAGUUCAGAGCGAAUGCACGGAUCGGCUGUUCUGUACAUUACACCGGUCAGAGGCGCAUGUAAUGGAGUUAUUUAACCCAACUCAUCUUCUGAUCAAAGAUUUUACUCCUCAUUUCCUCUUUUUCUGUUUAAUCUGUUUGGACUUCGUACGCGAUUAUUUAAGAUAAAGAGUUAAAGUAAUGACUGACAUGGAGUGAGUCUGGUCUGGUGUUUGUGCAGUUCAGUCUGAAAACGUCAAAAACUUUUUUGCCUUGGAACUUGUCUGCGUUUAAAGGGAAUAACCAUGCCCGAUCAGUUAACUGUAUCGGAGUUUAUGGACAUUACCAAUGAGGACUAUAAAGCACCAACGACAUCAGUGUUCUGCACGCGGAUGACUCACUGUCGCAAUACAGUGGCCGCUUUGGAAGAGGCGUUGGAUCUGGACCGCAGUGUAUUGCACAAAAUAAAGAAGUCAGUCAAAGCCAUAAACAGCUCUGGUUUGUCUCACGUUGAGAAUGAGGAGCAGUACAUUCAGGCACUGGAGAGGUUUACAGAUAACACUGUUUACAAAGACGACCCUGAGAUGUCCAGUUACUUCCUCAAAUUUGCUGGUUUGACCAAGGAGCUCACUGGUCUGUUUAAGAACCUGCUUCAGAACAUGAAUAAUAUCAUCACUUUUCCGCUAGACAGUCUGUUGAAGGGAGACCUCAAAGGAGUGAAAGGGGAUUUGAAAAAGCCUUUUGAUAAAGCAUGGAAGGAUUAUGAGACCAAACUAAAUAAGAUUGAGAAAGAAAAGCGCGAACAUGCCAAACAACACGGUCUGAUCAGGACAGAGAUCAGCGGAGGAGAGAUUGCAGAAGAGAUGGAGAAGGAGAGACGCCUCUUUCAGCUUCAGAUGUGUGAGUAUCAAAUUAAAGUGAACGAAAUUAAAGUCAAGAAAGGGGUUGACCUGCUCCAAAACCUCAUCAAAUACUUUCACGCUCAGUGCAAUUUCUUUCAAGAUGGGAUAAAAGUUGUGGACAACCUGAAACCAUUCAUGGAAAAACUCGCCACAGAAUUGACAGCAAACAAGCAAACACAAGAUGCAGAGAGGAAACAGCUGAUGCAGUUGAAGGAUGUUCUGAAAUCUGCCCUGCAGUCAGAGUCUAAGGACGACGGUCAGUCGAAGCAAAAUGCAGGCUACAGUCUCCACCAGCUGCAGGGUAAUAAAGCUCAUGGUACCGAACGCUCGGGAUUUCUCCUCAAACGCAGUGAGGGGUUAAGGAAGGUUUGGCAGAAAAGGAAAUGCUCUGUAAAAAAUGGAUUAUUGACCAUUUCGCAUGGAACGGCUAAUGCACCUCCAGUGAACCUCAACCUCUUAACCUGCCAAGUGAAGCGAAGCCCCGACGAGAAGAAAUGCUUUGAUCUCGUAUCUCAUGACCGAACAUAUCACUUCCAGGCAGAGGAUGAAGCAGAAUGUCAGAUCUGGGUGUCUGUUCUCCAGAACAGUAAAGAGGAGGCAUUGAACAACGCCUUUAAAGAUGACCAGAAUGAGGACGAGAACAACACCGUACGGGAGUUGACCAAGGCUAUCGUGGGAGAAGUAAAGAAAAUGAGCGGCAAUGACGUGUGCUGUGACUGCGGAGCUUCUAAUCCAACAUGGCUCUCCACAAACCUGGGUGUGUUGAUUUGUAUCGAAUGCUCUGGAAUCCAUCGGGAAAUGGGUGUUCACUUCUCCAGAAUACAGUCACUGACACUGGAUGUUUUGGGCACGUCUGAGCUCUUGCUUGCUAACAGUGUGGGCAAUGCAGGCUUCAAUGAGAUCAUGGAGGCAAAUCUGUCAGCAGAGAUCCCCAAACCCAACCCAUCUAGUGACAUGCAGGUACGAAAAGACUUCAUCACGGCCAAAUACACAGAGAAGUGGUUCGCUCAGCGGAAGUUUGCAGACAACGCAGCCCGUCUACAUGCGCUCUGUGAUGCGGUGAAGACCCGGGACAUCUUCUCUUUGAUCCAGGUGUACGCAGAGGGAGUGGACCUGAUAGAGACCAUCCACCUGCCUAAUGAACAUGAACCGGGAGAGACGGCACUUCACCUCGCAGUACGAAUGGUGGACCGAAACUCCCUCCAUAUUGUAGAUUUUAUAGUACAGAACAGUGGGAAUUUAGACAAGCAGACUUCUAAAGGAAGCACAGCCCUGCACUACUGCUGCUUGACUGACAACAGUGAAUGUAUGAAGCUGCUUCUGCGGGGAAAGGCAUCUUCCACCAUUACCAAUGAUGCUGGAGAAACUCCCCUGGAUCUGGCCCGACGUCUCCGACGUGUGAAGUGUGAAGAGUUGCUGACCCAAGCACAGACAGGAAAGUUUAAUGUCCAUGUGCAUGUGGAGUCCGACUGGCGUCUACACAACGAAGAUCUGGAUGAGAGUGAGGAUGAGAUGGAGGACAAGCCCAUUCCCUUCAGACGAGAGGAGCGUCCAGUUAGCUGUUUUGUUCCAGGCAGCAGCCCUAUGAUGCCCAACAUGAGCGCGCUGGCACGUGAUGUGGUGAACGCUGUCAAAGACAAGCAGAGGGCUUUUGUGCCCAGCAUGAUUUGCAAUGAGACUUACGGCACCAUGCUUGACGUUAGUCCUCCGCCGCUUGGGUUACCCGGAGCACCUGGGUUCUCUUUGCUCCCUCGUACUCUGGGAAGGGGGUGGAGUCCUCCAAUGGAAGUGGUUGGGAGGCAGAGAUCAUCUUCGGACCCUUCAAACCCUCAGAGUCCAGAGAGGAACAGCUCUGUGUACGUGCUCCCUCCUGUUCCUCCACCUCCUCCUGCACCCAAGAGACCACCGCCCCCCGAUCCUAAAGCCACCCUUCCCCAGUUGCCUCCGGUCCCAGCUCCACCCUCGUUUAUUCCACCCGCCCCAGGUAGACAGGUGCCCGUAGUGCCACCUGCUCCAGUGUUGCCCCCUUCAUUUGCAUAUAAACCCCCACCUCCGCCUUUGCCCCCUCAGCCAAAAACCCCUGCAUCCAAGCCAACGAAAUGCCCAUCUAGAGAUCCUGUUGGUCCAUUUAGUAAAGAUACAAAUGCAAACAAGGCAGCACCCACCAGAGCACUGCCCAUUGAUAAACCAGAUUCAGGCCCAUCUGCUGCUUCCGCUCCGGUCCCGGCUCCAGCUCCCAAACCCAGAACAGCCCUUCCUAAGCAGAAACCAAAGAGGGUAAAGGCCCUUUACAACUGUCUGGCAGAUAAUCCGGAUGAACUGUCCUUCACUGAGGGAGAGGUAAUAAUAGUGCAUGGAGAGGAGGACAAGGACUGGUGGGCCACAUUGAUGGGGAUCCAAACAGGAAGGGGGUUUUCCCCGUCUCAUUUGUACACUUCAUCACUGAUUGAUGUCAUACACCGCUGUCCUGCUACAGCCACAGGCUCUGAUGUCCUGUGUGACAGAGCCUUCCGAUAUUGCCACGGACUACUGAACUAUAUUCUACAUCUGGCCAUAUGGAUUCUACAGGUGGUCAUGGAUGGUACAAGAUAA